GUCGGCUAAUUCUACCUAUCUUGAAUGUACAAAACCAAGAUGGCGGAUGUCACGAGGGCUGAAGGACUUUUUAAAGAUUGUGUCCUGUGGUAAUUCUCGUUCAGUCACCAGGGCAGAAGCCUCGCUGGGGUAUGGAGGGUGGAGGAGACACAAGGACUAAGGAAGAGGAGGAGAACCCUUUAGAAGUCAAGAUUAUUAAAGAUCAAGAAGGGCCACCUCUUGUUCACAUCUCCUCCUCCUACAGCCACGGGAAAAUAGUUGAUGCAAUUAGGAACCUUGGUGAGAAGUACACAGACUCUGCCAUUGUGACAAAUGGCAUGGUGCUGCCGGUGCACUCAUGGGUGGUGGGCACGUUCAGCAAGACUCUGGCCGAAGCUUUUGGCCGAGCCACACUUCGGGUGUUCCGUGCGCCCACCGACGACGUGGAGGUGGUGACCAGCCUUGUUAACUGCAUGUACAGGAACACAAAUUCCAUCAGGAAGAGCCAGCUGUGCAGCUUCCUGGGUGUUGCCCGGCAGCUGGGCAUGACCUGCUUUGACACGCCGGCGCUGCGCUCCCUGGAGGAAAGACUGCUGGCAAAGGAGGACAGGGCCAGCCCAGGGCAGCCACCACAGCAGCAGGACUUGCACAGUGACCCUGAGCUGAAAGAGAUUUUGAAAUGUCUGACGAAGCUUCCUAACUUGUUGAUAACGUGCAAGAGUCAGGCAGUUCCUCGUGAUGUGCUGGCAGGUGGGAGUCAGGCCACGGAGGACAAGUUGACUCCAGCACCACGGCAGGAUGAGGAACGGUGCUGCUGCAGAUGCCGGUGCAAAAAGGAAACAGGGGACGACUCCUGUGCUGUUGAUGAAAGAGUGGACAAUGAGAAGGAAUUCAGACUUUACAAAGACUCCUUGGCCAAGAAGCUCAGCACCUUUGGCACCACCAUAUCAGGUCAGGGUGCCCUCAUUAACUUGCCUGCACACCUCAUCUCCAGUGGCUGCAUCUCAAUAAAACCUGUAUCCACCACCACCACCAACAACAACAACAACAACAACAACAACAACAACAACAACAACAACAACACUAUCACCACCACCACCACAGAAGAGGAACCAGAAUUGUUAGCACAUUUUAAGACAACUGCUCCACCCCAAAGACACUCCACCAUGGGUCCUCCACAUUUAAACACACCCAUCUAUCCAUCUCAAAGGCUCGGCAGGGGUGCAGGAAGGGGUGUGGUGCCCUCUAGGAAAAUAGUACAGGAUGGGAAUGGGGCAAGACAUGGCAGUGAUGGAAUGCUGUCUCAUCAGGGCCUGCGAGGAGAGAGACUGUGUGAGGGGGUGGGUGGAGCAAGACAAGGUGGAGGAUUAGGUGGAGUGACACCAUAUGGAAGAUCAAGCGGAUUAAGGCCAGGUGGAGGACCUACUUCCAUUGCCAGGGGUGGAAUGAUGCUGGGUGGGCAAGAAGUGAGAUACAAACCGCCAGAAGCAGAAAAGAACUCAAAAUUUGUGUAUCAGGGAAGAAUACCAAAGCUGCAGAGGCCCUCACAGCACACCCAACACACUCCUCAGCUCUCACAAUACACACAACACACUCCACAGCUCUCACAACACACUCAGAGGUCCUCACAGCACACCCAACACACUCCACAGCUCUCACAACACACACAACACACUCUGCAACUCUCACAACACACUCCACAGCUAUCACAACAUACUGAACACACUCAGGGACCCUCACAACACACCCAACACACUCAGAGACUCUCACAACACACCCAAUACACUCCACAUAACUCAAGGCACAGUCAGGUAUACUCACAGGCCGUGCAACACACUCCACAGGCCUCACAACACACCCAAAAUCAGCAACACACCAAACGCACCCUGCAACUACCACAACCACUCAGGACCCUCCCAGGCACCCCACAAGGCCAUCAGAAGCUUCACCGUGGGAGGGGUAGAGGAAGCACUGGAGGAUUUGGCAGAGGCCUUCCCCUGCAAGAAGGCGCUGAGACAGUGAUGCCAGCAGGGGUCCAGAGGGGAAAGAGAGGCCGGCCUAGGAAGGAUGCACAUGUCAGUAUUCCAGCUGUAGAUGCAGAUGUGCUCACCUUAAACAACACUCCUAUUGAAAUUUUGGGGACGAAUUUGGUCAUGGAGCUUAAUGACAACACUUUUGACAUCAUUGAGGGAGGAGUGACGCUGCCAGACUGCUUUGCCACAGUGAACACUGCCACAGCACAGUCCCAAGAGCCAGCUGCUGUCGAGAGUAGUGCUGCAGCAACACCACAGCAGCACAUGCAGUUAGACACUGAGGAACAAGGCUCGGCUGCGGAGAAAGAUUAUAGUUCCUCGAGAUUAAGUUUUGGCAGCAAUGUGGGGAGUUCAAGCUUUGAGAGCUUUAUCAACAAUGAGGAUGUGCAGGACAGUGACACCUUGGUCACUGUUCCCAGCCAGCCAGGCCCCACCAGUAGUGUGGGACAGGAACAGCUUGAUGGCCAUGAGGGAGGGCUGCCUUCAGGCCCCACCAGUAAUGUGGGGCAGGGACAGCAUGGUGGCCAUGAGGGAGGGCUUCCUUCAGGCCCCAGCAACAGUGUGGGGCAGGAACAACCUGGUGGUGGUGAGGAAUUGCUGCCUUCAGGCCCCAGCAGCAGUGUGGGGCAGGAACAACCUGGUGGUGGUGAGGAAUUGCUGCCUUCAGCCCCCAGCAGCAGUGUGGGGCAGGAACAACCUGGUGGUGGUGAGGAAUUGCUGCCUUCAGGCCCCAGCAGCAGUGUGGGGCAGGAACAGUCUGGUGGCCAUGAGAGAGGGCUGUCUUCAGACCACAGCAUCAGUGUGGGGCAGGGACAGCCUGGUGGUGGUAAGGAAUGGCUGUCUUCAGGCCCCAGCAGCAGUGUGGCAGAGAAACAACAGCUGCCUUCAUCCCCCUGCAGCAGUGUGGGGCAGGGACAGCUUGACAGUGACAAAGAAGAGGUGCCUACAGGUCUCAGCAGCAGUGUGGAGCAGGAGCAGCAGGCAUCUCCUGGUCACAGCAGCAGUGUGGCAGAGAAACAACAACUACCUUCAUCCCCCUGCAGCAGUGUGGGACAGUCACAACUUGACAGCGAUGAAGAUCUGCCUUGCCUCACUGUCCCAUCCCAAGAACUUCCUUUGUCGGAGAAAAACACAAAAGCCAGGAGGAAGGAGAACCACAAAUGCCCAACAUGUCACUUGAGUCUGCCCAGCGCCUUCUCUCUGCUCCUUCACCGGCGGCAGCACAACGGACAGGAGCACUUCCACUGCUCCUCCUGUGACUUCCGCAACCCUUUCCGCCAGAACCUCGAAGCUCACGUGCGGAAGAAACACAGCCAGAUGUCCACCCCAGGCAGCAACACCCCAGACAGCCCCAACAGGCGGCUGCUGUUCAUCCCGUCACCCAUCGUCACCCGUCGCACCCGCACCAAGUCCACGAGUGACAUAGCCAUCAGCAACCCAGAGGUGAAGGGCAAGGUGAAGUUCUUCUGCCGAGCCAAAGGUCACGGCUUCAUUAUUCCUGACGAUGGUAGUGAGGACCUCUUUCUCCACAUCUCUGACAUCGAGGGAGAGUAUGUGCCACAGGAGGGCGAUGAAGUCACAUACCGUCUCUGUCCCAUCCCCCCCAAGAGGGAGAAGUUUCAAGCCACUCACGUUCGCAUUGUUAACUUCACCCCCGAGGUUCACCACCGCUGGGACUGCAAGCUUGAUGAGGAGAGCCACUAGGCCUUCAUCCCCGCUGGCACUUGCACACACUAGUUGAUAUACGAGGGCCGUGUUUGCAAAGGUUUCAGUCUCUCAUCUUGGCUACUUGGAACAGGCUGCAGUGGAUGCUGUUCAUGUUUUCAAGGGUGUUUUUUAGGAUUUUAUUGUAUACCAGGCCCUAGUGGGAGGUAUUUGGGUCUCGAGGGGUGCUUUCAUGAUUCCGGUGAUAACUUGGCAGGCUGUAGUGGAAAUUAUUAGGAUCCUGAAGGGUGUUUUUAUGAUUGUGGUGAUUGUUUAUCUUGUUGUUAUGGAAAUUAAUAGGAUUUUUAAGGAUGUUUUCAUGAUCUUGAUGGCAGUUUAAUAAGUGUUGUGCAUCAUGAAUGUGAAAAACACCCAUGAAAGUGUGAUUAAUCAUGUGACUUUUGAAAAUGGUCCCCAAGAGAGUUAUUAGAAUUUUCAAGGCUGCUUUCAUGAUAACAGGGAUAGUUUAAUAAGAGUUCCAGAUUACCAGCAUGAAAAACACCCAUGAGAACUUGACCUAUUAUCUGUGUGGCCUCUGAAGACAGUCUUGAUGAGAGGAGAAAGCAUUUCAAAAUACAGGUCCAUACUUUGGUCUAUGGAAUCCUAAUUGUCUUUUUUGCUAGUUUUAACCAAUAACUGUGUGCAUUCAAGACAAAGUUAUAUAAACACAUUAGCAUAUGUUAAGUUAAAAAAUCAACCUUGUUUUUUAGGAAGCCAUUCAACCUGUAAAACAUGAAGAUGCCAGAAUCAAAAGCAAAACUGGAAGGAAAUGACAAAGAGUACAUUAUAACAGAACCAUUGACCCAGCUCUCUUUCUCUGUCUAUCUGUCUAUCUGCCCCCAGCUUGGCAUGUCAGGUUAAGGUGGCCAGUGCUGUUGCUCAUUGUAUAAACAGACCAAAAUCAAAAGGUAGAAGGAAACUAGUGUUGAGUACUUUAAUAGAAUGGUCUUGCUCUCUAGCUUCAUUUUCUCUCAGGCUUACCAGUUCAGAAGGCUGUUGCUGUUGCUCACCACACAAAAGGAGUUAAAAUGUUAGUAUGGGAGAAAAGAACCAAAUGUCUCGCUCUCUUGCUCUGUUUUCUCUCAGGCUUGUCAAGUGUUGGAGCUUCCACGUGGUGUUCAGAAGGCUGUUGGUGUUGCUCACGGUAAAAUAAAUCAAAACAUUAGUAUUGGAGAAAUAGAACCAAACAUCUUGCUCUUUUCCUCUAUUUUGUCUCAGCUUGUCGGGUGUUUGUGCUGCCUUCUGGUGUUCAAGAGGCUGUUGGUAUUCCUCACUGUAUAAAAUUAAUUAAAUCAAAAGUUGAAAUGGGAGAAAUAGAACUGGUAUUGCUAUCUCCAUUUUCCCUCCCCCUGGCUUGGUAACGUCAGGUCCUCAUGCUGUUGGCUGGUGUUCAGGAGGCAUGGUGCUGUAGUGUCCUAGUGUUGUGUGGCAGCAAAGCAUAUUUAAGGUUCUUUCACUGCAUGAAGAACACUCACUGAAGCUGUGUUGUUGUUCAGAUAUGCUGGCUGUGCUACCUCCUUUCAGUGGUCGUUGGCUGACACUAACGGUAAUGCAGCAGAGGACUGUCGGCAUAAUAUUUAGUGCUGCUGUUAGUGUGAGGACAGACUUCCUUGGCUAAAUGUUAAGAGAGCAGAUUGGUGGCGUGAUCCUGACUUCAUGUUUGUGGUUUUCUCAUCCAACAAGCCAGUUUUGCAAGUCAGCAUUCCUCGUAGUUAUUAUCGUGCUUAAGAGUGAUAGCAUUAUCCUGGCCUCCUUUUUCUUGCUUCCUCUCCUAACAGGCAGGUUUUUUUAAGUCAGCAUUCCUUGUAACCUAACACAUAAGCUGAACAGAGUGAUGGCUUUAUCCUGGCCUCCCUCUUUGUAAUGUCUUCCUCCGUCAAGCCAGUUUUUUUUUUUUUUUUGUUGUUGUCACAUUCCUGGCUGCCAAAUUUAUAAGGUUGAAGGAUUGUCAACAUUAUCUUCACCUCAUUUUUCUGGUUUUCUCCUCUAAUAAGCCAGUUUUUGGCCAAUAAUUCAAAAUCACAUCUUUGAUACUCUGGCUGAUGGGCUUAACAGAUUGACAAUAUUAUACGGACUCAAUUAUCCUGUUUUUUUUUAUUUCUAAUACGCUACUUUUCUGGAAGGAAUUCAAAUUACAAUAUUAUACUGACUCAGUAUUCCUAUUUUUCAUUUUUGAUAAGCUACUUUUUCUGCCAGUUAUUCAAAGUUGCAUUCCUGACAGCCAAAUUUGUGAGCUUACAGAUUGGCAACAUUAUUCUGAUCUUAUAUUUCUAUUUUUCUCUUCUAAUGAACUAGUAUUUUUGGCCAGCUAGCCAGAGCAACAUUCCUGGCAGCCUUUUUAAUGAGCUUAACAUUACCAUAGUCUCCCCACAACUACUGGCACGUCAUGUUACUAUUUUCCUAAGGAAGUGUUGCAUUUUCCUUGUUUUUUAUGGCACUCACAAGUCGUUUAGGCUUUAUAUUGUUGUAGGUUGAUGGUGUUCUGAUAACUAAGAACUGUUGUAAGCUGGAUAUUUAAAACAUAUUUUUAAAUCUCCAUGAAACAAGUUUUUGAUAUUUUUCUUCAGAGAUUUAUUAAGGGUAGCUGAUUUGAAAGGUUAACACCCUGACUUGCCCUUUGCCACCUGAGUGUUACUUUCUGUGACUUUUGCCAGGUGGUGGAGGGUGGUGUAGGUGGUGAGGGUGGUGGGGCAGGUGUAGAGUACAAGGGUUUUAAAAAUAACAAGUGUAAUAAGUUAAGAUUCCUUGUAACUGCAUCUAGUACGUAAGUUACCCCUGCUGCAUGAGUUAGAGGCAUUUUACUAGGUUCAGUUCAUCAGUCUGUGCAGUUAAUAAUAAUAUCACUGGUGCCAAUUGUAAGGUUAGUGAAAUCAAACACAGAGAUGUGACAAUAAUGUUAAGAGUGCAAGAGUAUAAAUCACAUUUGAAUUAGUACUUAUUAUUAGGAUGUAAUUGUGAUGGAUUAGGAGACUGAGAAGAAACCUGGGACGAAGAGGAGGUACUUAGAUGCUCCAGGCGUGCUUCCUAGAUAAGGUGGAGACUGGGGAGUGUAGCAGCUGAUACAUUCCUGCCACUACACUCUUGGCCUGUGUACUCUGUGGAAGGUGAGGGCAGGCAAAGCAAGCACAGUGACUCCCAAAACUGACGAACAAUAUGAAACCUGCUGUCUGGUCACGUGUCGUAUCGGUAAGGUUGGUAUGCAUGGCUUGAUGUGAUGCUGUGCUGAUAUAUUUCCCAGGUCACAAUAUACAGCAGCCAUCCGUAGUGUGCUAACCAUUGCCACCAAACUCACCUAAGAUGUCAAAUAUUGUAUACUGUGUCAGAAGUAACCCUCCUAUUUUUUUAAAGAUAGUUUUGGGAGCUACUGUACAUUGCCAUCUUGUGCUUCCUCUCACAACCACGUUUAAUUCUCUUGUCAUACCAAACUGCCAUAGAAGAGACACAAGGUUGCUGAUAAAGACCUCCACUAACACAAGGAUGAAAUUGGGAUGUGAUAGGUGGAAGUUGUGAUCUAAUGUUGAUUUUUUUUGCCUGAAUUGUUCUGUGAAAUAUGUAUCACCUGUGUGGGCAACUGUACUUUGUGCUUGUUAUCUGUUACAUGCAGCAGAGUGGUUUGUUAGUUUAGCAAUGUUUUGUAAUGUUUAGUGAAGUUUUAUUCAUUAAUGGCUAUUUUUUUAGUGUUAAUAUAUUUUUUUUGUCAUCUAGUGUAAGGUUUUCUGCAUUUAUACUUUAGUGUUUGAAAGAUUGGCAAGAUUUGUCAGUUUGUGGACUGGAUGAGUGCACAUGAAUGAAGAAGGAGGAGGGCUUACUGUUGUCUCUCCUUUGUAAGAUUGUAAGUGAUGGUUCCUUAACUAACAUAGCAUUAGAUUGUGCUGACUGACUAAUCAAAUUUCAUCUUACUUCACUGCCACUCUUAGAAUUCCAACAUACAUUCUUCUCUGACCAAAACGAGAUUAGUACAAGUUCUCUGUAGUUAAGUUUUCUUUGUGAUAAAAAUUGCAAGCUCAUGAGUAAAUUAACAUGAAAUUGAUUUGAAAAUAAGACUACAUUUUCAAAUGUUUUGGCAUCUCAUCUUGAAUACUUUCCACUGGCUGUAAUGGAAGUCAUUGAGGUUUUCAAGGGUGUUUUUGUGGCUCUCUUGAUAGUUUAACAAAAAUUGUGCACCAUCAGUGGGACAAGCAUAUGAGAACCUAACUCAUCAUUUCAGUGACCUUUAAAAAUAGACCUUAUAGGAUUCAUUAAGGUUUUCAAGGAUGUUUUCAUAAUUAAAACAAUAAUUAAACAAGAAUUCCAUGCUAUCAGUAGGAAAAAUUACCUUGAGGACCUAAUUAAUCAUUGCUGCGACUGUGGAAAGUAAUGAUUGUGAGAGAACCAAAUGUUUGAGUUUCUUGUCGUUCUGUGUGUCUCCCAGUGCAGGGAAAGACAUGGACGGCAGCAGGUGGCAGGUGUGGCAGCCAGGACUGAUGUGCCAAGUGUACUGUGUUCCAGUGUGGGCUGUGGUGGAGUGUCAGUAUUUAAGGCCUUGGACAUUUUAGUUUAGUCAAGUCCAUAGUAAGAGUUGAUCACCAGUGUGCAGGGUGAUGCAACACCUGCUGGUCACUGUGAUGUAGAUGAUGGUAGAAAGGAAGCAACUGUCACCAGAGCUCACAGUUGUUUAUGAGUGGUAGUGUUAGUUUAAAUUUGAUUGAAAUCUUGUAGCACUGAAAAGAAAGGAGUUUGGGUUCCAAGGUGUGCCAGUGGGUGGUGUCAUGUAGUGAUAGUAAGGCCUAGAGGGAGUUACUGUUGAGGGACGAUGGGAGACAAAUAGAGGUGCUGUAGUUAUAUGAGAAAUCUUUAUUUACAUUCGCUGGUCACAAGCAAAUCCUGAGUUGUGACGUGAGGCGCUCGGAAUAGAAAGAGUGAAGUUGCCACAGAGAGACUCAAACCUCAGAUGCAGUCAGAAGACGAGUAAGUUUCCACAUUUAUGUCCCCUGUGUUUAGUACCAUUUAAUCUCAAGUCUUUGGGUCUGCUAAGAAUCCAGCAGUUUUCAGAUUUUGUAAGGAGACUUGGGAGAGAACCUAAGAUUGAGGGAAGGUACAAAACACAGUGGUGAUGAAUCCUGAAGGUUACUUGACUUUCCAUGUCUAUAACCAUUACUGCACUGCUCUUCUCUCUGACUGACGGUUCACUUAUAUCAGGAAAAGGAGCUGGCAAAGGAGACACAUCAGAUUUGGCUUCCACAGUCAGCAUAAAUGUCUGGCAGUGGAUGGUGUGCUUUCCCUUCAGUGGCUAAUUCACCUCUUUUACUCUCAGCACCUCAUAUUUAAAAUGCCCCUUAGUUGCAGCCUAUGAAGAAUGUCAGUUGCCUUUAGUUGCAGCCUGUAGAAGGAGAUGUCAUUUACUUCCUCUUAGAUCUCCAGUGCACAAUACAGUCAAGCGUUAAGUAGUUGCAUGUGGUCCAUGAACGCAUUCAGUACCUUCACACAACGACGUGGGCCACAAGGCUCGGCACGGCACCAACACUCGCGUGACCUGCUGCUGCUGCUGCUGCUGCUGCUGGUGUUAGUGCUGGCUUUGCUUCAGCCACCGUGACCAUGUUUUAAUUUGCUCAUAAGUUGUGUAUUUUUGCUCUUAAUUUUACUCUUGUAUUUUUGGAUUAAUACAGUCUGUUUUAUUGA